AUGGAGUCGAAAAAUUGUAAAAGCAGCUUUAAAUUGUUUAGUCUAGAAAAGUUAACUGAGUUUUGGUGCCCUCAAAAAUGCUAUUUAGAAAUCUAUUCCAUUUCAUGGACUAUACUCUGAUUAUCACAGAAACAAUUAUUCAAAUCUUGGACCAAUUUAAUCCCAAAAAAUAUUAAAGGCUGCAAUUAUAUAUUAAAAUAA